GGGGCUUCGAGAAGGCAUUCAACUCUGUAAGGCUAGUUAUUGUUGAUUCUGGACUAAGUCAGGCAUUGUUUGGCAGGUGGGUCUGACGAAGUGACUCAAACGCUCUGGACUUGGGAUACAGUUCUACACAAACAGUCGAGGUUUGCUCAGCUGCUCCCCCUAUAUCCAGAACUAAGAACCCCAACGUUCGAUUCUUCCUUUGUCGUCAAUCGUGCGCGCAACAAUGUCAUCGUCCGGCUAUGUCCUUCGAAGUCACACUCCAAGCCCGCAGGAAUAUCAUGAUAUUCGAAAGGCGGCCGGUCUCACGCCUCCACCACUAGAAGCUAGCAUACCAGCCCUGGCCGCCUCUUGGAUAUGCUUCAGUGCGUUUGAGGAAUCGAAACUAGAGACAGAGGAGAAGCCACCCGUUGUGGCCAUGGGUCGGGUCAUUGGCGACGGCGCGCUGUUUCUUCAAAUCGUUGACAUUGCGGUCCACCCUGACCACCAGCGCAAAGGACUAGGAAAGGAGAUCAUGCGCAGUCUCGUCGAGUACAUCGACAAACAUGCCCCCGACGCGUAUGUGUCUCUGGUAGCAGACCCCAAGGGACAGAGACUGUAUCGCCAGUACGGAUUCGAAGACUGUGCGCCUAGCCUUGGAAUGUGGCGGUCUAAGCGCGUUAAGCAGUACAGAGCGGCGAAGAAAGCAAAAGAGGAGGAAGCGGCUCUGCUGGUAGAGUCUGGGAGCUCAUGAUUGGAGAACCAAGGGUCCCGUUGUCAAUGCAUCGGAGGUUGGAAGAUUACCACGUAACGUGUAUCUUGGCAGUCGACAUUCAAGUCAUCGAGACGACUUGACUACGAGGCUGGAUAUAAUUUCCUCUGAGAUCUCGCAAAUGCUAUUAUAUCGAGAUUAGAUAGUGUAAUUAGUAAACUUGACGGACUUAGUGGGGGCGUGAUGCAGAGCGCGCGGAGCCGUCAGUGAAUCUACCGCGGUGAAGAUCAACGUUCAAUAGUGACAGUCGAAGCCACCGUUCGCGGAGCAGUGACUUUUGAGACGGCGUAGUUGUUGGAAUAGGAAGACAUACCCCUGGAAGCUCGCUCAGGAACCCCGAUGCAGUGAAGACAAG